AUGGCUUGUCCUCUCGAUGCCGACAAUGCCUUUGGCCCAGCCGUGGGUAGAGGCUGUCGAGAUGAUUUCGACUUCACCCUCCUAUUUGAGCAGUCGUUCUUCCAGAUCGCCCCUUGUGCCUUGCUUUUGCUCUUGGUCCCUAUCCGCGCGACUCAACUGCGAAAGCAAAACGUAAAAGUCCUCCGCAAUGGCAUGCAAAUCAUCAAGCAAUUGGCCAUUGUGGUCCUGGCCUCCACCCAGCUGGCACUACUCGUUCUGUGGGCUUUAACACCGAUGUAUCGUACGAAGGCUUCGAUUCCAGCGGCAGUACUCUCCUUCCUGGCGUCUUUGUCGCUACUCUACCUGUCAGGUAUAGAACACGCCCGCUCAAUCCGGCCCAGCUCACUCAUCAACGUCUACGUUUUCUUCUCGCUGUUAUUCGACAUUCCCCAAACGAGAACGCUAUGGCUUCGUCCAGGACCUCGAGCUCUCCCUGCUUUGUUCACGGCUGGUGUCGCUGCGAAGGCCGUUGUGCUUUGUCUGGAGGCUAAAAGCAAAAGAAGAGCUCUAUUUCCGCCUUAUAGACUCUAUGCCCCGGAGUCUCUCGUGAGCCUCUACGACAGGACUGCUCUGUGGUGGCUCAAUCCUCUGUUCUGGACCGGCUACAAUGGCUAUUUGUCGAUCGAGAAGCUUUAUGCGGUCGAUUUUGAUCUCAGCUCCGAGAAGGUAGAGGCCAAAUUCCAGCAAGCAUGGGCGAAACGUAAAGCACAGCAGAAGCCGGGAAAAUGGGCCAUGUUCUGGGCAGUGUUCCACACCGUGAAGGCCACAUUCUUCGCCAUGAUCUUUCCGCGAUUCUGCCUCAGCGCUCUGAAGCUGUGCCAACCAUUACUUAUUUCGCGGGUGACAUCGCUCCUGAGCGAGGGGGUUAGCCAUGAGAAUGCCAACUACGGACGUGGCCUGAUCGGAGCUGCCGCAUUGGUGUACACUGGCAUGGCCAUCAGCACUGCUUUAUAUCAGCGUGCUAUGCAUCGUAUGGUCACAAAGAUCCGAGGAAUCAUCAUCUCCACCGUCCACAGCAAAAUUUUGACGUUGGACUCCUCGAAACUUGCAGAUAACGCUGCUUUGACCCUCAUCAGCGCGGAUGUCAACAGGAUAUGCUUGUCACUCAAAGAGAUCGACCAAUUGUUUGCCUCGCCUAUUGAGGUUGGGGCAGCAAUGUUGUUGCUUCAGCGGCAAAUCGGUGUUGCUUGUGUGGCACCUAUAGCAGUCACUCUUGCCGUGACUACAGCCAACUUCUUCAACGUCAACACUGCCAUACCCAUGCAGAAGGCUUGGCUUAAGGCUGUUUCGGACAGAGUCGCUUUCACAUCAUCUGUCUUGGGCUUCCCCAAAGGGUUCAAGAUGCUUGGGCUGACAACGUACUUCACCGAUCGCAUUCAAGGCAUGCGUGUUGAUGAACUCAACAAAUACGCCGCAUACAGGAAGUACGUUACCUGGCGCAAUGUCUAUGGCCACAUCCCGGAGGCAUUUGCCCCAACGUUCACGUUGAUGAUGUUCACAUUGGUCUACGGGCAAGAGUCUCUGGACCCCACGACCGCAUUCACGGCACUGUCACUUGUCGCCCUGCUUUCUAGCCCAAUUGCAGAACUACUUCAUAACGUACCGCAACUUUUCAUAGCCCUUGCCAGUUUGGAAAGGGUACAGAAGUUUCUGCUGAUCGAGGGCAUUGAACGAAACACGACUUUCGGAGUGAGAAUUGAUAAGGCGGCCACAACAUCCGCACCGGAUCGCAGGGACGAUGCCGUCGAGCUGAGCGUGAUGGCACCAGCCAAAGCUCCAUCAAGCGACGCUCUACACCUGGUACAGAUAGAGCAAGGCACCGUGGCGCUCAGUUCUGACAAUAAACAAGUCCUCAAGGAUGUCGAUAUUCGACUUACCAAAGGCCACAUCCAUCUGCUGAUCGGUCCCGUCGGAAGCGGCAAAUCGACACUUCUCAAGACGAUCAUUGGCGACCUGUCCCUAUUUGCUGGUCGCCGUGUUAUUGCACCUGGAAUCAACAUGUUUGCGUUUUGCUCUCAGGAUCCAUGGCUUCCCAAUGACACUGUCCAGAACCUAAUCCUCGGCCACUCAGACUUUGAUCCAGAAUGGUAUGCCACCGUCACUUCUGCUUGCGCUCUCCGCCGAGACAUCGCUACGUUCCCCGAUGGAGAUGAUACGCUAGUUGGGACAAAGGGCGUUUCUCUUAGCGGCGGUCAACGUCAGCGGAUAGCCCUUGCUAGAGCUGUAUAUGCUCGGAAGCAGAUCAUUGUUGCAGAUGAUGUGCUAAGUGGACUUGACUCAGGGACCUCAAGGCAAGUCUUCACUCAACUUUUCGGUGCCCGCGGACUCUGCAAACAGCAUGGCAUGACGGUAAUAUUGGCGACACAUUCUACACAGUAUCUUCCGUCUGCAGACUUCAUCAUCGCUCUUGGAAAGGAGGGAAACAUCGUCGAGCAGGGGACGUACAACGCCCUGGAUGUUCCAGGAGGAUACGUUCAUGAGCUCGGACUCAGUGGCACUCGACAGGAAGGUUCCGCUGACAUCGAAGAAGUUGCUGCCGAUGCUGCCAUUCGAUCCUCCGCCCCAGAUAAAGUCGAGGCCGCUCAGCAGGAUCUCGCACGCAAGACCGGAGACACAUCAGUAUACAAGUACUACUUCAAGUCCAUCGGCACCAGACUGAACGUGAUCCUGACAAUCUCCACUGUCUUGUUCAUCUUCGGCAACAAGUUUCCCGAGAUCUGGGUCAAGUUCUGGAGCGAAGCUGAGACCUCGAACAACCCUCGUCCGCUCGGCAUGUGGGUCGGAGUCGCGUUUCUCCUCGCUGUGAUAUCAUGCAUUGGCUGCGGCGCCCAGAUCUGGACGAUGCUCGUUCAUGCUGUGCCUAAGAGCAGUGCUCAUCUUCACAAGCAGCUGCUUCAUACCGUCAUGCACGCCACAUACUCAUUUUUCGUCAACACAGACUCGGGCGUCACGCUCAACCGUUUCUCGAACGAUAUGAGCUUGAUUGAAAUCGAGUUAGCUGGUGCUUUCAUGCAGUUCUCGGCUGCCAUAGGCAUGCUCGCCGCUUCUGGGGCUAUCAUUGUGUCUGGAGCUAGCUACGCUGCUGCGACAAUGCCUCUCAUCUUGCUUGUACUGUAUGGGAUCCAGAGGUUCUACCUCCGUACGUCGCGGCAGCUGAGGUUCCUUGAUCUGGAAGCUCAGGCGCCUCUCCUUACGCAUUGCUCGGAGACUUUGGCUGGCGUUACGACGAUCCGUGCGUUUGGUUGGCAGCGCCAGUCUCACCAUAAGUGCAUGACGCUCCUUGACAAAGCUCAACGGGCGUACUACCUGAUGCUUUGCAUUCAGAGAUGGCUAGGGCUGGUGUUGGGACUUGUGACCGCUGCUGUAGCAGUUGUUGUUGUUACCAUGGCCAUGACGUUGCCUCAAUCCUCGAGCGCUGGAUCCAUCGGCGUGUCCCUGCUGAGCGUGUUGAGCUUCAGCUUCUACAUGACCUUCACAAUCAAUGCGUGGACGGCGCUGGAGACCUCCUUCGGUGCAGUAGCGAGGUGUAAGAACUUUGAGGCUUCUACCAAGUCUGAGGAUCGCCCUGAGGAGAGCCACGUUCCUGAUCCUUUGUGGCCUGCUAAUGGUGAAGUUAUCAUCAAAGAUCUCCGUGCUUCUUACAACGACGAUGGCAAGCAGGUACUCAAGGACAUCUCUCUGUCAAUCAAAGCUGGAGAGAAAGUAGGGAUCUGUGGCCGAUCUGGAAGUGGGAAGAGGUCUCUGCUGCUGGCGCUCUUCAGGCUGCUCGACAGCGCUUCUGGCGGUAUCACCGUAGACAGCGUGGACCUCGCCACCGUACCCCGCCAGGUGAUCCGCGAGCGCUUUGCAGCUCUUCCCCAGGAAUCAUUGAUCUUCCCUGGCACUGUACUCUCCAAUCUCGACCCUGUAGGCAGGGAGAGAGUGGAGAGAGUGGAGAGAGUCCUCCAGAAAGUCGAUCUGUUAGAUCUUAUCACCCAGCGCGGCGGUCUUGAUGUCGAUAUCACCUCACUCGGGCUCUCGCAGGGCCAGCUGCAGCUGUUUGCGGUCGCGCGUGCGCUUCUACGCGACUCGAAACUCUUGGUCCUGGAUGAAAUGUCCAGCGCUGUAGACGCAGUGACAGAGGAGAACAUGACGCGCCUGAUCAGAGAGGAAUUCCAGGAGAGCACGGUUAUCGCGGUCGCGCAUAGGUUGAGCACGAUUGUGGAGUUUGACUGCGUCGUCGUGAUGGAUGACGGACGUGUUGUAGAGAGUGGCGCGCCGGAGAAGCUGCUGGCGAGAGGCGACAGCGCGUUUAGGGGGCUAUGGGAGAAUACCUGA